GCCAGAAUCCCAGGGCCAGAAUCCCACGCCGUCACCUAUUACAUCUCAGUCACCCACGUACCACCACGUGCACACCACCACGCUGUCUGAUUAUACUGAGGAGGAAACUAGGAAAGCACUUGCCAUCCAUUACUGGAAACAAAUGGCCUUUGCUCGAACCUAAUCAAUAUUUUCCCGUACACAUCACUGGAGGUUACUACGCCGAUGAUCCCCCUGUGGGGAUAUAAUUUAUAAGCUGACUUCGACCGGCACUGGAGUAUUAGCCCCUGGAAAGGAAAAGGCCCAGAAAAUGGAUUCAAACAAAGACCGGAUAAUGCCCGCAAAGAAACGCAUAGGGGCCUUUGAUGGUUUUGAUGAACCUGAAAGCAAGAAACAGCGGCCCCUCCCCCGUGUGGGAGCAAACUCCAAGGGUGAUGGGGACAUGAUUUCAUGCCUUUCAGAUGAAAUCCUCAUUAGAAUUUUACAGUUUCUUCCUGUUACCACGGUACUUCUAUGCCACAGCGUAUCAAAGCGCUGGCUAGCAUUAAGCACUGACGGCGAGGUGUGGCGAAGCCUUUACUGGGAUCGGUUUGUUCGGCCAAGUAUUAGGAAAAGAGAUGGGAAAGAUGCCAGUAAGGAAGAUUAUUGGGUAAAGCAGCAAAAAACCAAACAUCAAAAGAGCCUUGAUCCAACGAGAGGCCACAUUGAGAAACCCACAGCGUCGAGGAUAGACUGGAAGGCCAAGUACCGAUUAAGGCAUAACUGGAGUCGAGGUUCUGCAGAUGUGAGAGAAAUUGGGUUAGUGGAAGACGGACAGGGGAUGGAUACUCACCCAAGAGGACAGGAGAACAAGAAUCCAGACACUGGGAGCUUGAUGGUUAGAAUUAUCGAUGGGAAAGUACUAACCGUUGACCGUGCUAGUGGCCUCCGUGUGUGGGAUUUACAAAGGGAUGGCGCGAGCAGCAAAUGUAUUGCACGAGUAGCUCUCGAGAAUGAUUCCCAAUCAGCACCUACUGCUUUGGCACUGGACUAUACUUUAGAAACUGGCGCGGUGAGAGCCGCUGUUGGCUUCAAGAAUGGCGGAUUUGGAAUUUGGAAGUUUGAUAUUAGAUCGGUGGAGAUGGACGGAGUCUUCGUGAAGAUAUUAUCGAGGUCCGGGUCGGGCGAGGAGGGUGUCUCGCUGGUUGCUGCCGCUUAUUCUAACCCACAUCUACUAACAGUUACAGAGGAUCAGGCUCUGUCCUUGUAUAUCCUCGAAGACAAAGCUGCGUCUAAAUCAUGUACAUCAAGUUGCGACGACGAUUUAUGGGAGGCCCCAAACAGAGCCUUCUCGACAGGUGACAAACCUCCAACUGAGAUCAUGUCUACACGGCUUAUUACCUCCCUCAAGUCUCAGACUACUUGGCCUCCACUCUCGCUCUCAAUAAGGGCCACCCCACAAACAAUAAUAGCUUCGAUUGCCUACGCCUUACCGACUUACUCUAGCGGCUGGUCUGUUGGUCUCCAAGAACUUCACAUCUCUAACAAUGGUACCAUUUCACACUCCCGUCUCGCGUCUGCGAUAGAACCGGGCUUCCAUCCUCUAUUGUCACAGAUACCCUCUUCAGCCGGGAAUUCACCAUCAACAUCCAGCUCAGCUCCUAACGCUGCCGGCCCUGGAAGCCCGCCCACUAACCCACGGCCAUCUAGCCUCAGCUACUCACACCCCUACCUUUUGGCGAGCCAUUCGAACAAUACGCUCGCACUCUAUUUGGUCACAUCAACGCUGGACGAUCUGAAAAUCAGUGCUGCGAAGACGCUCUGGGGACAUACAUCAUCCGUAUCAGGCGCACAUGUGGGAGUACGUGGCAAGGCAGUCAGCAUAAGUUCCGGGGGGGAUGAGCUCCGUGUGUGGGAAUUAGAGCGAGGACUAAGGUCACGGAGAGUGGUGAACGAGGAAAGUGUGCGGGUGCGGGGAGAAACGCACAGCACAGGAACAGGAACCGACGGCAUUCAGACAACGAGCAAGGGGGACUGGAUCGGGUUUGACGAUGAGGUUGUGGUUGUCUUGAAGGAGGCUGAAGAUGGAGCGAAGGCACUGGUGGUGUAUGACUUUACGUGAAUCAGGGGCGACGAUGCGGCUCUUGGAGGAACUAAACGAUACUAAACCUGCAAGUAGCCUAGUGUUGUGGAUUUUGGAACCCGGCUAGAUCGCCAAAAUUUAUCCCAAUUAUACACCGCGCUGGCUGUGACGCGGGAGGGAGGUCCAUACAUGGCGUG